AUGCACAACAUCCUCAGAUUGUUCAUGCCUCGACAAGUCUUGCCAGCCGUGACGAGAUUUCGCGCUGCGACGCAACCGCCGAAACAAAUUCUCUUGCACGCUGUACCGAAGUUUCGAUGUCAACAAACAAUGAAGCACACAGGUUUAGUGGUGACUGACACACAACUUGAUGAAGUUGUUAUUCGCAAUUAUGUGCUAGAAUUUAUAUCCAGUAGGGAGAUAGAGGGCGAAUGUUGUCAUGCGCUUACACAAGUUGGAGAAGCCGCUUUUCGAUUCGAAGGGAGUGGUGCAUUCGAUGAAGCGUACAUUAAAAAUCAGAGACGGAGAUGUGAGCGUCCUCUAUCAUUCGGUGAUACAAUCGAGUGGUACGACUUAGAUAUAGCAAACAGGAUGAUUUCUAGAUUCCAUAGAGCUCCACCAUUAUUCACGAAUCGCAUAUACGAUGGAAGAUCACAGGUGCUUGUGGUUGGCGUCGUCUCUCCAAGCAACAGAUUUCAUUUCUGGUCGCCGUAUUUCCCCAACAUACAGAUAGAUAGUGUGUCAGCGAGCGAAGUUCUUCCCAAUGUGCCUGUGUCUGCAUGGUUGAAUAUUGCUAUUGAUGCUGACAGAAAGCUGUGUAUAGAAUUUGACUCAUUUGAACAAGUCGAGUGUGAGACAAAUAUUGUCGCGAAUGCACCGUGGAAUCGCACUCAAUCUAAAUACUUGACCGUACCUAUUCUUGAUAGUGAUGAUGGGGUAGAGAACCAAAUAGUUGAACCAGAGACCAUCAAUCGCAAAGGAGGAUGGAAGCAGGAACUCCAUAAUUAUGAAGGAAUUUGUACUGGAGAAAGGCUGAUAUACUGCAGAAAACUACCGUCGUACGAAAUUGUUGUUGCACUGAUCAAGAAUAGAAAGGAUUGUGUUCCUCUAGAAACAGGUGUUAGUUGCGAAUUCAGUGCUGUCUGGAACGAGUACGAGAAAAGGUUCAUAGUCCAGCACUACAAAACAAAGGGACGGGUCCUUCGUCUUGGCGCGAACGGCUUGGUGAAAACAUCUGUGAAAGCAAUUGAGGACUACCCAUCUGUAUUUAACAGUGAUGAUCUUGGAUUGAUAGAUGAUCCGAGUGGUAUUCUUUCCCUUCUUCACUUCUCGCCAUAUCGACACAGCUCGGUUGUGGUAACGUUACAUGACAGUCCCUCUUUGACAACCCGCUUCCGCUUUCGCAUUGUUGACGUUCAGCCAGAUAAAGCACCGAAACUCAAAAAAUUUGUUGAGGAAAACGAGAUUCGUGUUGAUGACGGGGAAGGAAUAGUGAUAGACGCGUUUACAAUUUAUUCAAAAGAUCACGGAAGCGUGUUUUUCUACGUUCCUGAUAAUCUUCGCACUGCUCUUUCACCUGGCAAAGCGGUCAAAUUUUCGGCUCGAUAUCAGCGUCAAGACGAGAAAUUCGUCGUUACACACGUCUUUGCUCGGGCCCAUGAAGUGCCUUCUGUUGAAAGGCAACUACUUCGUCUACCUUACGAACAACAGAGACUCUUCAGGGUUUCUGCAAAGAAAUGUAGGAGAAAAGAACUAGACUGUCUUCUUGAAAACGAAGAAUUUGGGCUUCUCGACGUGGGCAGACACACCUAUCUAACCAAGAACAAUUCACAGAGAACGGUAUGGGUGAUGAGGUCUAUACCGGAUGUAGACGAGACAUUCCGUCCUUCUCGUACUCCGUUUGUUGUCGUUUGGGUUGGAGACCAUGAGCCGCCGUGUAAGAACACUGAGGAAAUACAACCUGAUGUAGAGCAGGCGGGAGAUCAGAGUACCCUCGAAAAAAUUAGCGUUAUUAACGCCGAGGAUGCACUGACAGCAGCCAUGGAACGAAUGGGAGUAUUGACUGAAAGAAAACCACAUGAUGUUGAGUGCACUGAUGAGGACUGUGUACCUGGAUGCCCAAUAAUGGAGAUGAUUAUGUUGACGAUCGAAACGGUGCCGCAAUUCCUGGAAACACUAUCUCAAGAGAAUCCCGCGGUGUUUACUAAAAUUGUAAACAAAAUGUUCAAGUAA